GACUGCCCCAAAGAAAGGCGGCGCACGCUCCGCGGGCCCACAGAGGUUGGCGGGCGGGGAGAACUGCCCAGUCAGUCGAGCCCGUUAGCAGAAGGAGGCGCCCCGCAGCAGCAGAAGCAGCGACAGCCGCCCUGCCCAGAGACUGAAGCCCGCCGAGCCAGCCCGAAGGCACCAUGCCCAAAACGAUUACUGUCCGAGUUACCACCAUGGAUGCUGAGCUGGAGUUUGCCAUCCAGCCCAACACCACAGGGAAGCAGCUGUUUGACCAGGUUGUGAAAACAAUAGGUCUGAGAGAGGUUUGGUUUUUUGGACUCCAGUACCAGGAUACCAAGGGCUUCUCUACAUGGCUGAAACUCAACAAAAAGGUAACAGCGCAGGAUGUCCGCAAAGAGAGCCCGCUGCUUUUCAAAUUCCGUGCCAAAUUCUACCCAGAGGAUGUGGCAGAAGAGCUGAUCCAGGACAUAACCCAGCGCCUGUUCUUCCUCCAAGUGAAGGAGGGCAUCCUGAAUGAUGACAUCUACUGUCCCCCAGAAACUGCCGUCCUGCUGGCUUCCUAUGCUGUCCAGUCCAAAUAUGGUGACUUCAACAAGGAGGUGCACAACCCUGGUUACCUUACUGGUGACAAACUGCUUCCUCUAAGGGUUUUGGAGCAGCACAAACUUAACAAGGAUCAAUGGGAGGAAAGGAUCCAAGUGUGGCAUGAAGAACAUCGAGGAAUGCUCAGAGAAGAUGCCAUCUUGGAAUAUCUGAAAAUUGCACAAGAUCUGGAGAUGUAUGGUGUGAACUACUUCAGUAUUAAGAACAAGAAGGGCUCAGAACUUUGGUUGGGAGUCGAUGCCCUUGGACUCAACAUUUAUGAGCACAAUGACAGGUUAACACCAAAAAUCGGAUUCCCUUGGAGUGAGAUUAGAAACAUUUCAUUCAAUGAUAAGAAGUUUGUUAUCAAGCCCAUUGACAAGAAAGCCCCAGACUUUGUAUUCUAUGCCCCACGGCUAAGGAUUAACAAGCGUAUUCUGGCUCUUUGCAUGGGGAACCAUGAGCUCUACAUGCGUCGGCGUAAGCCAGACACAAUUGAGGUGCAGCAGAUGAAGGCUCAAGCCCGAGAGGAGAAGCAUCAAAAACAGAUGGAGAGAGCCCUGCUGGAGAAUGAGAAGAAGAAGAGGGAGCUGGCAGAGAAGGAGAAGGAAAAGAUUGAACGCGAGAAGGAGGAGCUGAUGGAACGGCUCAGGCAGAUUGAAGAGCAGACAAAGAAAGCUCAGCUAGAACUGGAAGAGCAGACCCGCAAGGCACUAGAGUUGGAGCAAGAAAGGAAGCGAGCUCAGGAAGAAGCGGAGAAGCUGGCGAAGGAGCGUCAGGAAGCUGAAGAGGCAAAAGAAGCCUUGCUGAAGGCCUCCAAUGACCAGAAGAAGACCCAGGAGCAGCUGUCGUCUGAAAUGAUGGAGCUCACCAAUAGGAUCUUGCAGCUGGAACUGGCUCGGCAGAAGAAGGAGAGCGAGGCUGUGCAGUGGCAGCAGAAAGCCCAGAUGGUCCAGGAAGACCUAGAGAAGACUAAAGAGGAGUUGAAGUCAGCCAUGGUCACCCAGCAUGUUCCAGAACCAAUGCAGUCUGAGAACGAACAUGAUGAUGAGCAGGAUGAAAAUGCUGCUGAGGCCAGCGCAGAGCUGAGGGCACAUGCCUCCGCCAAGGACCGGAGCGAGGAGCAGCGGACUACGGAGGCAGAGAAGAACGAGCGGGUCCAGAAGCACUUGAAGGCUCUCACGUCCGAGCUGGCCAAUGCCCGCGACGAAACAAAGAAGACUGCCAAUGAUAUGAUCCAUGCCGAGAACAUGAGGUUGGGCCGUGACAAAUACAAGACCCUCCGCCAGAUCCGGCAGGGCAACACCAAGCAACGCAUUGAUGAGUUUGAGUCCAUGUAAUCAUUUGUGAGCCUUCUGCUGUCUCCCCUGCACUCUUCCUCCCUCCCCCGCCACCUUUUUUCUGUGUUUAACUGCGUUGUGCUGGAACCACUACAAAAGAGACACCACAGUCUGUCUGAGAGUUGGGUGCAGAGGCUGCCAUCCAACAUAGGGUGAAACAGGAUUAGUCAGCUGUGCCUUAAAAAAUAAUUAUAUAUAUAUUUUUAUGGUGAUGCCCCAUUUUCUUUUCUCAACCUGGGUUGAAGAGAGAAAUCUGUUCCAUGCAGCUUUAUGAAACAUCUGUGCUGGUCCUGUGACCCCCCCCCAAGGACCCAUCCCUGCCACUAGUCUCUCUAGCCAAUGUUUGAAGAGACUUGUGUGUUGGGGUAUCUUUACUUUUUAAGCCUGUCUAGUUUUGAUAAUUAAAAAAGAAGAAGUUUGGAAGGAAAAGUUACUGAAGCAGAAUUUAAUGUUCUUGUGCCACCCACCCACCCACCCACCCCACACGCGCGCGAAAGACCAAAGCUUUUUAUGAUUCCCAGAGGUUUAGCAGACCAAAUGGAUCACCCUGAUCUUUUUAUCACUUUGCACAUGC